CCGAGACACACACAUCACCAUGCACCUCGCUAAAGUUAUCGCCCUGCUGCUGGCAAUCCUUGACAGCAGCUAUGGAUUGUACAUCAAGAAAGCUGAACGUGAAAGCCCAGUUUCCACUGAACUAAAAAAGGACGAUUGGGGAGUCUUCAAAAAUACCCUUGGACUAACCCAACAAAAAGUUGAAAUUCUGAAAUCACAAAAGGACCAGAAGGGCACCAAGGAGCUGUUGAAUCGCUUCAUUUUGGAAAACCCAAAAGCCCUGCCAAAGAAGAAGGAGCAGCCCGACCAGUUUCUAGGAAUCUACCGCUCCUUGCUGAAAAAGUUAACCGCCUCCAAGCGCAUGCUGAAGACAUCCUUGAACUUUGAAUUGGCCGACAGGCCUCACAAGACCCUUAAGCGUCCCCGACGAAAGAUCGCCGUCAAGAUGGUCUCCGACAUGCCAUCCUGGAAAAUUGACGAUCUCAUCAACUCCUUCUAUCUGAAGCACGGAAUUCCCCGGAAUUCGGAUCUGGAUAAUGAGGAGGGCGACUACCAGGAUUCGGGAAUGCCAUCCGACUCUGACACUGAGGAUACUGACUAUCCCUAUGAUCACAUCCUAGAUGACGAGGGCGAUGCCGGCCUAACGGCCAUGGCCCGUCAAAACUCGGAGUACGGCUCCUUCCAGGACCUGAUCAUGCAGGCCAAGAUGAAGGAGUGGGAGCGCCGGAACGAAGAAACCAAAUUGCACGGCUCAAAGGAUGACGACUUUAUCUAA